GCUCGUUGCCUUUAAGGGAAUCCCAGAACAAAAUCUCGGCGGUUGUCCAGCGAAAGUUUCGGUUUUUCAAUGCUAAGGGGGCGCCGAGCUCCGGGCCUUGCCAGCUCAAACACUUAUAAAUCUUAUUUUAUAACCUGACAACGGACCCUCUACUGUAAAAAAUAUGUGAUCUUGAGCAGGUUUCCAAGCAGAUCUCUGCAAAUAAUGUGGUACAGUCAUGAUUUGGUUUUUCAGUGAUUUUCUGCUUCCAUUUGUCUGCACCUCCAGUUGUGCUUUCUCUUCAGCUUCUCAUCGGUCCGGAACUAGGGCGUUCACAGGCAUCACUGUACGUUAGUUUUAUGUAGGGUAACUACCGAGUGAUGACUACAAAUUUACAGUGAGAGCAUAAUUCUUUUAGAGCAGGCUACUGCUGUUAGUGACAUCCUCAGACUACAGCAUUUUGGGAGGAAAUGGUAGAAAAAAUUAUUGUUCCCAGUGAAUUGCACUUGAAGAAGGAACUCACUGCUCUUCGCAAGGCACGGUUUUUACGUGAUCCCGAAACUUGUUCAUCUUGGAGAUCUCCACUUAGUUCCAAGUCAGUUUUUGCGUAUCAUGAUAAUGAAAAAAGGAACGUCUCAACGGGAGUAAAGUUCUCUAGUGGAAUUGCCAAAAUACCCCAUGGACUUGAAAAUAGAAGAAAGAAGGUGUACCUUUGUAAUUGGAAAAAUCGUUCCAGCAUAUCAGGUGAAAGUGGAAUAAAGUUGAAUGAGGAUGAGAUGCAACCAUCUGCUUGGAGUAGUUUAGAAGAAAAGCUUAGCAAUUGUGAGAAAGAAGAGAUUAAUGACAGAAAACUUAUGUCCUCUGGUGCUGCAAAAUUUAGUAAUGUCAGAGGAAGAGAUCUUGAUGCUCCACUGAGAAGCUCUGCUACAAGGUUGAAAAGAUUUGCAAAUUCAAAAAGGCAAGGUGUAAAACAUUCAUCAAUAACAAAGCAGAGGAAUCCGCUGAUCAGCCCCUUGGGAGUUCUCAGCUCAAUUGAACAAUCUGAUGACACAGAGUACUGCAAUUCUGAAGAUGCACAGGAUCAAAAAUUUGAUGUGCUUCGUAAAGCUGAAUCCCCUUCUUCCUCUGCAUCACCACCAUGCCCUGGAUCUGGAUGUGCAAGCUGGUCCCGAACUUCCAAAAUUUUCAGAAGUACUAGAAGAGAAGGUUCAUCUAAGUCCUGUACUCCUGCAUCAACUAGCUCUUAUUACAGGAAAAUAAGUAGAAAGCCCAGUACUGUUGGGUCAUCUUGUGGAACAAGUGCUUCUUUUGACGGGGAUGGGUUUGAUCAGCUGGAUUUACCUGUGAGCCAAGGAUGUGGGCUUCCUUGUUAUAGGUCAAGGAAAAGUAUAGAUAAAGGUUGUAGAGACUGCUAUUCUCCAGUAUUAUCUGAUACUAGAAAAAAAGCAGGCUGCAUUUUUGGUAGAAGGCAGAGAUUGUACUCUAAGCAGAGCCAAACAGGCUUCAGCAAACCUAAGUUCCCUUCUACUUCUCAAGACUUGCCUUUAUUAACUAAUAACUGUGAUGAUACAACUAGUGAAGAGCUGUCUACAAAUUUUGGGGAGAUUGAAUUGGAAGCAUUGAGCCGGUUGGAUGGGAGAAGAUGGUCAAGCUGUAAGAGCCAAGAGGCUUUUGAAUUGGCAGAACCUGGAGAGAAAUCCUUGGACAGUGCAUAUAAUAAGAGAUUGAACCUCAUGCACAAGCCAAGGACUUUUGAUGAAAUAAUUGGCCAGAAUAUUGUUGUUCAGUCUCUUAUGAAUGCUAUCCUGAGGGGGAGAAUAGCCCCGGCCUAUCUCUUCCACGGUCCAUCUGGAACUGGAAAAAAAUCUGCUGCAAGGAUAUUUGCAGCUGCACUUAAUUGUGUUGGAACUGAAGGAAACAAACCAUGUUACUUGUGUAAGGAAUGCACUGCUUUCUAUGGAGAAAGUGGGUCCCUAGUAAGAGAGGCUAGCGCUGCCAAUAAGAAGAGUAUAGAGAGGGUUGAGUAUUUUUUGAAGAAUAUGACUAUGAAUUCAAGACAAUUGCGAUAUAAGGUCUUCAUCAUUGAUGAAUGCCACUUAUUGACCCAUAAAAUGUGGUAUAAAUUGCUGAGAUUUCUAGAAAAGCCAAUUUAUCAUGUUGUAUUCAUUUUCAUAACAGUUGAUCAUGACAUUCUGCCACGGGCCAUUAUCUCUCGUGUACAAAAAUAUUUUUUUUCAAAAAUCAAAGAUGCUGAUAUGGUAAGGCAGCUGAGAAGGCUCGCUGCUGCAGAAAAUCUUCACAUUGAAGUGGAUGUUUUAAAUAUUAUUGCUGCAAAUGCUGAUGGUUCUCUUCAAAAUGCAGAAAAGGUUUUAUGUCAACUGAGUGCCCAAGGGAAGAGGAUAACCACUUCUCUUGUAAAUGAUCUGUUGGGGUUUAUUUCCGACGAGAAAUUACUUGAUCUCCUUGAGGUGGCUAUUUCAUCCAAUGCAGCAGAAACGGUGAAAAGGUCUAGAGAACUGAUGGAUUCUGGUGUUGAUCCAAUGUCCCUCUUGUCUCAGUUAGCUGCGCUUAUAAUGGACAUUAUCAGUGGCACGAAACAGUUAGCUGAUUCACAGUUCGAUGAUGUGAUUCUUGAAAGGCCAAGUUUGACAGAAUAUGACUUGAAGAGAUUAGAGCAGGCCUUGAAAAUUCUUUCUGAUGCUGAAAAGCAGUUGAAACAUUCUAGUGAACACUCUUCAAUACUCACGACUGCCCUGCUUCAGAUUGCAUCAGCUAAAAAUAUGGAGUCUACUCAACCAAACAUCAGCAGAAAGCAUUCUACUGCCAAAAUGAAUGCCGACAUAAAAAAGUCCACCUUUUACAAUAGGCCCUCUGAUUUUAUUGAAUUGCGAGGUUCAGACUCUGCCAUUUUUUCAGGCAUGAGGAGCAGAAGGCCUACCCCUUCUGGUUACCAGACACCUUCUAGAAUGCUCCAGAACCAGGAUCCAAUCUCGGCCGUCAUGCCUUCAAAAAUUCAAUCGGUUAAAAGUUGUGCUUCAGAUGAUGCUCUUUUCGUUUACAAUGCCUCUCAAAACGCUUUUAACUUAUCUGAGAUUUGGAGACGGUGCAUUGAAAAAUGCUGUUCAAAAACAUUGAGACAGAUGUUAUCGAUUCAUGGAAAGCUCAUCUCAUUAGCUGAAGAAGAAGGUAUAUUGAUUGCUUUCAUAGCAUUUGCGGACAGUAGUAUAAAAUUGACAGCUGAAAGGUACUCUAAGAGGAUCACAGAUUUAUUGGAGAUGGUCCUAAAACGGAAUGUUUGGGUAAGAAUGAGUCUUAUUCCUGAUAACAAAAUCAAUUUUAAACCACCUUCUGAUACUCUGACAAAAAAGUAUAUGGAGAAGCUUGAGUUCCUGGAUAAUCAGAGAAAGAUGGAACCUGAUGGCAUGAAGAACACGCCUUCUAAAGAUGAGACUUUCUUUCCAAGGAAAAUUAGAAAUUCUUUUGAAGGUGCCAGUCACAAAAAAUUAGAUGGAUGUAGCAAUUCACGGCCGCAAGAUGAUAGUUUCCAAAUUGAAUGUUCUUCAGAUUCUUCUGAAGAAAAUGAUGUGUCCUUUGCCUCUAAAGGAAAAGAGAUGGAGAUUUCAGUUCUUAACAUGCAUACUAAGUCUUCUAAUAAACAAAAAUCACAAAAUGGAUUGACACAAGCAGCUGAUAAUGGUGCUUCCCGAUUUCCAAUUUCUUCAAAUACUGAUGGAAAUGGUCAGUUGUAUUAUGAUCCAUUGGUUGAGGUGGACAGAUCUUUGAGACGUUGGGAAGAUGAGCAAAAUCGUGAAAUCAAGGCUCUAACUUUACAUGAUAUUCAGGCCCAUCGCAAAUCACAAAAUGGCGGGGAUAAGAUCAAAAAUGCUAUUUUACCUAGUCUACUACAUAGCAACAAUUUUGAGAUCAGUUUUGGCAAAGAAAACUCGGACUAUGAUUCUGUACCCCCUUGUAGCGGGCUCUUCUGCUGGAAAACCCACAGAACCCACAGACAACCGGUGAAGCGAGGAGUCCGUCCCAAGAUCCAAAAGGCUAGCCAGAUUUUGUUUUGUGGGCAGCGUGUGAAGUCAAAGAUCAGAGGUAUAUCUAGGAGAUAACUCCAUGAAGCUGGAAUCAUCAGAUCCUUCUUCUGUGCAUUCUUAUUGUAUAUUCUACUAGAGCCAUUUAAAAGGUAAAAAGUGUUGAUCCUUGUCUGCCUUCUGAUUUUUAUCAGCCUUGAACUAUUUUCAGCCGAGUAGGAAUAAAGGAAGAGUCAUUUGAUGGCGUCCUUGAUUAUGUUUGCAAAGGGUUCCAUUAGUAAAAUUCAAAUUCUGUUUAGGACAAAUAUAGUGAACGAUUUCUGUCGUUAUCCUCUCCCGAUUGUUAACUUACUUUAGGGCAUGGUAAGGUUUAUUGUAGUUUGCAUGGAUUGAUUAUUUAUUGUAUUAUUCUACAUGGCUAGUGUACUUUGACCCUCAGAGAUGUGCCUUUAUUCUUUAAUAAAGCCAUUUUUUUCUAUUUUU